AUGCACAGGGCCUGGUUUGCAGCCAUCCGGUCCCCCGAUGCUGAGACAGCUUUGCAGGAUGCUUUCAACACGCUCAGCAAAAUCAGCAGAGACAAGAUCGAGGUGAGCAACUUGCCGUCGGCUCUGAAGGCCAUGGGGAUCCAUUUAACCCCCAAGGAGCUGCAAGAAGCCCUGACGUCCUGCCCUGCUGAUGAAUCGGGGAGGGUGAAUGUGAAGGAAUUCAUGAAGGUUUUGACCAACAUCCCACGCUUCUCUGAAUAUGUAGCACUGCAGGAGGCCUUGGAGACUGUCAGCAAGAUCAAAGAGGAUAAGGUCCCUGUUUCUCAGCUGGAGCAAACUCUGAACAGCCUGGGAGUUCAUCUGACCCAAGAGUCACUCCAGGAGGGCCUAAAGACCGCUACCGUUGAUGGGGAUGGAAAGGUGAAUUUCAAAGAUUUUCUCACCUCCUUGGGCGAUACCCAGAACUUCUCUGAGCUGGAAGCAUUGCAGAAUGCCACCAACGUUGUCAGCGGGAUGCAUGGAGGUAAGAUUCACCUGGACGACCUGAAAUCCACCCUGGAAAACCUGGGCAUCUCAUUAAAGGAGGAGGAGCUCCAGGAGACACUGAAGGCCGUUGCUGUUGAUGAGCGCGGGACCGUGAACCUGAAGGAGUUCCUGACGGCUCUCGCCAGCAUCCCGCACUUCUCGGACUCCGCGGUGCUGCAGGACGCCAUCGGGGCUUUCAGCAGGAUCAAAGAGGACAAAGUUGAUCUGCAGGACAUGGAUUCCAUUCUGGCCAGCUUGGGGAUCAGUGUGUCCAGCGAGGAGCUGCAGGAGGCUUUGCAGAAGAUUUCCCCGGACGAAGCUGGGAAGGUGAAUUUCAAAGAAGUUCUGACAAAUUUGAUAAACACCCAGCGCUUCUCAGAAACUUCAGCCAUGCAGGAGGCCUUGGAUGUCAUCAGCAAGGUUGAGGGUGACAAAAUUGCGGUUUCUCAGCUGGAGUCGGCUCUGGCUAACAUAGGGAUCACUUUACCCAAGGGAGAGCUGGAGGAAGCACUGAAGCACGCUACAGUGGACGGAGACGGGAAGGUGAAUUUUAAAGAAUUUCUGAAGGGUUUGACCAGCACCAAACGUUUCUCCAGAACCCUAGAGAUGGAAGGGGCCAUGAAAGCCAUUGGCGCGAUCAAAGAGGACACAGUGGACGUUCAUCACCUGGAAUCCAUCAUGCGCAACAUGGGGAUUCAUUUAACCCCGGAGGAGAUUCAGAAGGCGCUGAAGCAUGUUACCUGUGAGGAAGAUGGGAAGGUGAAUUUGAAAGAUUUCAUGACCGGUUUGACCAAGACUCGGCGAUUUUCCCAAGCUGAAAAGGACAGGGUUGAUGUCCGGAACCUGGACUCCAUUCUAGACAACAUGGGGAUCUACCUGACGAACGAGGAGCUGCAGGAGGCCCUGAAGCACGUUACGGUUGAUGCGGACGGGAAGGUGUAUCUGAGCAAGUUUCUGCAGGGCGUGAGAGCCCUCCGGAGAUUCUCCUACAGUGAAGGGAAAAAGGUUGAUAUCAGAGACCUGGACUCUCUUCUGGCUGAAAUGGGGAUGCACUUAACACAGGAGGAGCUCCAAGAAGUGCUGAAGCAUGUCGUGGUGGAUGGAGACGGGAAGGUAAAUGUGAGUGACUUUACGAAGAAUGUGAUCAGCACACGGAGGGCUUCCAAAGCUGAGAGGGACAGGGUUGCUACGAGUCACCUGGACUCCAUUCUGGGCAACAUGGGAAUCUUUUUAACUGAAGAGGAGCUCCAGGAGGCGCUGAAGCACACAGAAAUAGACGCGGAGGGGAAGGUGAAUUUGAGUGAAUUCAUGAAGAGUGUCCAGCGAUUGUCCGAAGCCGAAGGGGAAAAGGUUGAUGUCGAUAACCUGGACUCCAUUCUAGCCAACAUGGGGAUCCAUUUGACUGAUGAGGAGUUUCAGAAGGCGCUGGGGGGUGUUACUCGUGGUGCGGACGGAAAGGUGGAGUUGAAACACUUUAUGGAAAGCGUCAUGGGCACCCGGCGGCCUUCCCAGUGUGAAAGGGAUACGGUAGAUCUCCAGAACCUGGACUCUAUCCUGGACAGCAUGGGGGUCCAUUUAACCAAUGAGGAACUGCAGGAGGUGCUGAAACGUGCUACUGUUGAUGCCAAUGGGAAGGUGAAUUUGGGCGAAUUUAUGAAGGGGGUGAAGACUGUCCAGAAAUUGCCCCCAGGUGAGGAGGACAAAGUGGAUGUGGGGAACCUGGACUCCGUGCUGGCCAACAUGGGGAUCCAUUUGACCCAGGAGGAGCUGCAGGAGGCGCUCAAGCACAGCCCCGUUGACAGAGACGGGACCGUCGGCCUGAGCACAUUUAUGAAGAGCGUGAUGAAUACGCGGAGACCGUCCCAGGCGGAGAGGGAUAAAGUGGAUCUCCAGAACCUGGAUGACAUCGUGGGUAGCAUGGGGGUCCAUUUACCCAGUGAGGAGCUGCAAGAGGCACUGAAACAUGUGACGGUUGAUGCUGACGGGAAGGUGAAUUUGGGCGAAUUUAUGGAGGCGGUGAGGACUGUCCAGAAAUUGCCCCCAGGGGAAGAGGACAAAGUGGAUGUGGGGAACCUGAACUCCGUGCUGGCCAACAUGGGGAUCCAUUUAACCCAGGAGGAGCUGCAGAAGGCGCUCAAGCACAGCCUGGUUGACACAGACGGCAAAGUCAGCCUGAGGGCUUUUAUGGAGAGCAUGAUGAGUACGCGGAGACCCUCCCAGGCGCAGAGAGACAAUGUUGAUAUCCAGAACCUGGACUACAUCCUAGACAGCAUGGGGAUCCAUUUAACCAAUGAGGAGUUGCAGGAGGUGCUGAAACAUGUGACCGUUGAUGGUGACGGAAAGGUGAAUAUGGGUAAAUUUAUGAAGGAGGUGAGAAAAGUCCAGAAAUUUUCCCUGGAAGGAGACCAAGUGCGGUCUCCGUUCCCGGAGGACAAAGUGGAUGUGGGGAACCUGGACUCCGUGCUGGCCAACAUGGGGAUCCAUUUGACCCAGGAGGAGCUGCAGGAGGCGCUCAAGCACAGCCCCGUUGACAGCGACAGCAGAGUUGGCCUGAGUGCGUUUAUGAAGAGCGUGAUGAGUACGCGGAGACCCUCCCAGGCUGAGAGGGAUAAGGUUGAUCUCCAGAACCUGGACUCCAUCCUGGACAGCAUGGGAGCCCAUUUAACCAAUGAGGAGCUGCAAGAGGCAUUGAAACAUGUGACUGUUGAUGCGGACGGGAAGGUGAAUUUGGGCGAAUUUAUGAAGGAGGUGAGGCCUGUCCAGAAAUUGCCCCCAGGGGAAGAGGACAAAGUGGAUGUGGGGAACCUGAACUCCGUGCUGGCCAACAUGGGGAUCCAUUUAACCCAGGAGGAGCUGCAGGAGGCGCUGAAGCACAGCCCUGUUGACAGGGACGGGACAGUCGGCCUGAGGGCGUUUAUGAAGAGCGUGAUGAGUACGCGGAGACCGUCCCAGGCUGAAAGUAAGUGAGAACAGACGUGCUCUUCGCAUUCGUUGCUGACGUGGCCUUACCUGGACCAU